AAAAUGGCGACGCUUUGCAUCACGUCAAAAUGUAACGGUCUGUGUUGCACCCAGUUGGCUGAAACUGCAGUCUUCUGAGGAAGACGGAAGCGAAAGCAGGAGGCGACAUACACAUCGCCGAGGCGCAGAAAGGACAUGGGGCCAGAACUACAGAGACUGAGUCACAGCAAAUAAAUAUACUCUUUUUGUUUAUUUUUAUUAUUUUUUAUUUAUUUUAAAGUCCCUAAUCAAACAAAAUGGCGUUAAUCCUGUUUACGAGAUCCCGAUCUCCACUGAAGAAAAUCUCUGGGUCACUGGGCAGGGAAUUCAGAAAAGGGAAACUACAGGAAAUGAUGUGUUUCAGCUGCACAGCUCUGAGACUGAAAAGCCAAAGGAAUGUCGCACUCCGGGGCAGCGGCGUCGCUCCCGCCUUGCUCAGCCCACCCUCGUGCCCAGGGGACCCGGCCCGCUCGCGGAGACUGUACUGCGGGGUGCUGGGCGCCUUCCCCUCCCGGCCCCUGGGUGGCGCUGUGACGCCGGCGGGGCCUCCGCACACCCCGGUCCGGUGGUGGCACUGCAGCGGGCGGCUGCGCGACGACUCCAAGGUGGAGAAAUCCCUGAAGUCUCUGAAGGACAAAAACAAGAAGCUGGAGGAGGGCGGGCCGGUGUACAGCCCCAGCGUGGACACGGAGCCCGCCAGAAAGUCCCUGGGACAGAAGGUGGUGGACGAGGUCAAGCACUACUACCACGGCUUCCGCCUGCUCUGGAUUGACACCACCAUCGCCGGCCGCAUGCUGUGGAGGAUUCUCAACGGGCACGUGCUGUCGCGCCGGGAGCGGAGACAGUUCCUCAGGACCUGCGCCGAUGUCUUCCGGCUCGUUCCUUUCCUGGUCUUCAUCAUCGUCCCCUUCAUGGAGUUCCUACUGCCCAUCGCUCUCAAGCUCUUCCCCAACAUGCUGCCUUCAACGUUUGAGACGCAGUCUAAGAAGGAGGAAAGAUUAAAGAAGGAGCUGAGACUGAAGCUGGAGAUGGCCAAGUUUCUUCAGGACACCAUCGAGGAGAUCGCCUUGCGGAACAAGGCCUCCAAAGGAAACGUCACCGCGGAGUUCUCCACCUUCUUCCAGAAGAUCAGAAACUCUGGGGAGAGGCCCAGCAACGAGGAGAUCAUUCGCUUCUCCAAGCUGUUUGAGGACGAGCUGACCCUGGACAAUCUGACGCGGCCCCAGCUGGUGGCACUGUGCAAGCUGCUGGAGCUGCAGUCCAUCGGCACCAACAACUUCCUGCGCUUCCAGAUCAUCAUGAAGCUCCGAUCCAUCCGCGCCGACGACAAGCUGAUCGCAGAGGAGGGGGUCGACAGCCUGAGCGUGACCGAGCUGCAGUCGGCCUGUCGCUCCCGGGGGAUGAGGGCGCUGGGCGUGACGGAGGAGCGGCUCCAGGAGCAGCUCAAGCAGUGGCUGGAGCUGCACCUGAACCAGCAGAUCCCUACCUCCCUGCUCCUGCUGACCAGGGCCAUGUACCUGCCGGACACGCUGUCGCCCGCGGAUCAGCUCAAGACCACCCUGCAGGCCCUGCCCGAGAUUGUGGCCAAGGAGGCUCGGGUGAAGGUGGCAGAGGUGGAGUGCUACGAGGUGGACAACAAGACCAAGCUGGAGAACACGCUGGAAGAAGAGGCCGCCAUCAGGAAGGAGAACCAGGAGCGCGAGCAGGAGCGGCUGGCGGAUGCCGCAGAGAAGGCCAAGGAAGAGCUGCAGAAGGACGUGGACUCGGCGGUGGAGAUGGAGGCGGCUGCCGUCGAUGUGAAAAAAGGGCAGACAGGCGUGGACAUGGAGCAGGAGCUCGCCAGCAUCGACCUGGCCAUUCACUCGGAGACCCUGAAGGACACGGCCCCCGUCCUAGAGGGGAUUAAGUUUGAGCAAUGGCAGAAGUUUCUUCUCAUCCAGGGAGAGGAAAUCACCAAAGAGGAGAUUGACAUGCUGAGCGACGCUUGCACCAAGCUGAAAGAACAGAAGAAGCUGCUCACCAAAGAGAAGGGGGAGCUGGAGGAGCUGAAGGAUGAUAUCCAGGAGUACAAUGAGGACCUGGAGGAGAUUAAGAAGGAACUGUCCAAGACUGGCCAGGAGACGGUUGUACAGGAGUCCAAGGCCAGCAAGCGCCUCUCAAAGAGAGUGAACCGCAUGAUCGGGCGUAUCGACAAAAUCAUCUCGGAGCUGGAGACCGAUGUGAAAGAGCUGGAUGGGCAGAUGGAUAACGAGACCACUCCUCCUAUUGGCAUUUACUUCGCCUGUAGGGAGAACCUCAUCAGCAUCCACGAGCUCAUCGGCGUGAUGCGGCAGAUCCAGAAUAUCCCCGAGCACAAGCUGCAGAGCAUCGCCGUUGCGCUGGACGAGAACAAAGACGGCAAGAUCGACAUCGACGACGUCCUCAAGGUGGUGGAGCUGAUUGACAAGGAGGACAUCGAUAUCUCGACCGACCAGGUGGCAGAGAUCAUGGUGAUGCUGCAGAAGGAGGAGAGGCUGGUGGAGAAGGAGAAGGCCAAGGAGAAGGCCGAGAAGGAGCAGGCAGCUGAAGUUCAAAACUGACCCGACCCACAGGCCCCCACGGCCCACCGCAGCGCCGAAGCCGGCUGGCAAAGCACCCGCCCUCGACAUUUUUAUGACCACCGAUGUUUUCGUGUUUUCAGGAGAGCUGGGGACUUCAUUCUCAACAGGGGAGAGCAGGCCUUCCUUGAGUUUUCAGAAAAAGAGCCCCCGGUUUUUCAGAAAUGAAAAAAGUAGUAAAACAAAGCUAUUUUAUUCUGUUCUGGUCAGUCUGAAAUUGAUUGUUGACGGUUGGAAAUAUAUUUUUUUCUUUUCUGAAAAAACAAAUGCAGCAAUGGUUGAUGACGAACUGUGUACUCAUCGCACACCUGAACAAAAAAAGAGGAAAAAAAGAUAUUAAUGAAAUUGAAAGUAUUAUUUAAGUUAAUGCAAUUUACCUUUCAUUUUAAUGAAGAAAUGUCAUUAUAAAACACUUUGAAAUCCAUAAAAAGUGCAUCUCAGUGCACACAUAAAUAGUUCUCAUUGCUACCAUUCCAGAGGCAUGGGAGUAGUGAUUUAUUUCCCAAAAUGUAUUUUUAUUUUUAAUAUUAAGCAGGUAUUUGCUUUGUAAUCAAUUAAAUUAUUAUAUUGAAUGUUUUCUUGUGAUGUGGGAGGUCUUCUGAAUAGCACUGCCUUGUACUCCAAGAUUAAGACUUGCUAAUAUUUAAAAAUUAAUUCAAUUAAAAUUAAACAAAUGUAAUGGGAUCAAAACUGAUAAUAGGACGCAGUAUUUGCAAUGUUUUUGUUUUUUCUUGUUAGCACUGAAUGUUUAAAAAAUUCAAAACAAACUGAUAGUGCUUGUUGCCUGUGUAUGAUCACUCUAUACUGUACUCGGAGAGUACAAACUCCUUCCUUGUGUAUUUAACAGCAUUAGUCUGUAUUAUGAUUCAAUGAAAUCUGAAUUGUUUCUUUGGGGUUCAUGCUUAUUACAUUAUUACAGUUGAAAAGUGUUUAUUUUUUAGAUGAUGGCUUAUUAAACCCAUGAAUUAUGAAAAGACCCAUAUCACUGAGGAGAUAGUUGUGGAUGUAUGGCAUGUCCCAAACCAGGACAAAACAAUUCAUGAAGAUCUUUUGUGAAGAUUCCUUAAAGAGGCCACAUGUUAGCUGGUCAGGCACACAUUAGCAGUGCUUUUAACUCAGUUGUUGCUGUGCACAGAGCAUUUGUUUCAGCAUAUACUGUAAUGUAAUUUCUGUAUGUGCCUUUGCAUGGGGGUGUAACUACAAAGGUAGGUCAGUAUGAAGAGUGCAAUUAUUCAUCAAGUGGACUUUGCGGGAGGGGAGAUCCGUUCUGUCUUUCAGCACAGUCCCUUUGCCUGUCCACACACCCUCCCGCUGUUGCCAGUUCCUGGAUGCUCCCGAGUCGCUGCUGUGCGGUUCUGAACUAAACUGCGCUCUUGGCCUCACCAUGGAUGGGGGUGCGUUGUCAUGUUGCAGGAUGACCCCAGUGACCCAGUGGGAGAGUGCCUUACUGUGCCCUGUGUGCGUUACUGGCUGAGUCUGUUGCUCUUGUGCCAGGUGAUAAGAACACCUUCCUGAUCCCAGAAUACAACAGCUUUUCUGCUGCUGGUGGUGAUGGGGGCUUCCAUUGCAGAGAUACCCCGUUACUUCUGGGGUGGCACAGAGAAACAAAUGGUCCAUGCAUGUGACAAAAAAAUCACUGCCUUCUUCCUACUGCUGGCGGAGGUUUCCUGCCUGUUUGCCGGGGAGCGUGCCUGACACCGCUGCUGAACGAGUGUCUGCUGACCCUCUUGCUCUUGUGCAGGGGCAGCCAUCUUUGCAGCCUGACCACUGGCACUGCAUACAGGAAGCAGGGAAUUCAGCGAAUGACUCUCACUUCCCAAUUCCAUAUCAGAAUGCAAUUGUUUUACACAAGUGCACGGGUAGUGGCAGAAAAAAAAGCUAUUGGUUAAUUGGUUUAUCCUCUUACAGUUAUGAAAGAAUGAAUAGAAUUCCAUGUACAGAAUUGACAAGAAAGGGAAGCAUGCGGAUUGUGGCCAGCUAAUAAUUAAAGGGAAAAUGAGCAGCAUUUUGAGUAGGGUGGGGGAAAUGAAGGCCUGAAUUAAAUAUUCAGAAGAUACAGCGCAUCUCAGACAAUCAGCUGACUUGAGACUGAAGUGUCCAGUUUGAUUUUCUUGACUUGCAGGUCAUUUCUGUGUUAUCUGAUCUGGUUUUCUUUGCAUGUGUGAGAGAAAUAGUAUAAGUGCUAACAGAACAGUUGUUGGGAAAAGGCACUCGCUGAUAAGAGACAAUAUCACUCUUAAUCGGUGAAAGAUAAGGUGUGAAAAAAUGCUACUGACCCCCUCAGAAGUAAUAGUAGUAACAGGUGUGCAAAUGCAUACUUUUAGCUGUUGUAUUGGGAGUUGCGGAAGUCCAAAAGGAACCGACUCACUUUUUGUGUCUAAAUGUGGUUACAAAAUACACAGUGGUUUCAGCUAGUAUUUGCACACCUGCUGUACAGUCAAUUUUUGGAGCUUCUGUAUUCGUAAAAUCCGUAGAGUAGUACAUUCUAGUGGUACGUACCUGAUGCUUUUGAUUUGCUUAAGAGGUUUGUUUCUAUGGGUUUUUGUUCUCGGUCUUUGGCGAUUGCCUAAGAAAAUUUGUCUGAUGAUCUUCCUGUCUGAACUGAACUAUGUGCAACAUCUUGCAUUGUGGUGUCAUAUCUCUUCUGAUUAUUCUGACUGCUUUUCUUAAAUAUUUGCAGCCCUGUUGCCGAAAUCUUCAGUGCUACUAGAUAUAAGCUAAACACACUAAAAAGCCUAUGCAUAAUUGCACUAUGAAAUUAUAUUCAGCUUUUUAAGAUUUGAUUUGUUACUCAGGUAGAAAUAUUGUUGGCAGCUGUCAUGAGGGCACACAGCAGUGUGCGAAUUGAAAUGGAAAACACUAUGUCGUGGCUGUAUGCAAGCUGAAGAUGAAAUUUUGUACUGUAUGUCUGAAAUAAGGGGCACAAGUAUGUAAAAGCUAUAGGUUAUAGCAAGCCUUGAGAGGUUAAAUUGGUUUUAAGACUGACCUAUAUAAGGAUGUGUUUUGCAACAUCAAACUGGAAUGUGUUUUUCUUGUCUUUUAAUGUAAUCACUCAGUGUUCACCAGCUCCUGUGUGUGGAAAAUGUUUUUUUUUUUCAAGUCUGCUUGAAGUAUCAGCAUACUUCAGAAGAUGGCAACACUAGAUGCCUUUCAGAUGCAUUUCUGUGUGUGGUGGCAAAAGCAGCAUCCUUCUGCAGUAGGUGAGAGCAGACCCGUAGGCACUGCAAUUCAGAAAUGGCGGAAGGGUUAUAGGAAAGCAGUUUAUAUUGAACAUUUGGACAUCGUUUGGCCCUGGGUAAGUCCAAGUGUACUAGUAUAAAGUGCUUGAGAAAUAUAAGUAGUGACCAUAAAUAUGCUUGAGGUUUGAAUCUGGUUGCAAAUUCUAAAAGGUGAAUGCAUUUGAAUUUAAAGUAGUAGUGUUUUGUUUUAAAGCAAGCAAUAUAAAGGGUUCAGAUGCAUCCAGUAAAAAAAGCGGGUGUAUUCUCUAAUAACUAAACUCAUAUCUGUUCCGUAUGUUUCAUGUUUUGUUCCUUAUGUUUGGCCACAUAUACUUAUUAAACCAUUUACCUUGUC